CUCCGCUAGAGGGCAGUAAAAACGCACUUUACCCAGCAGUAUCUGGGAGUAAGCAGGAAGAGUUCUGUAAUUCAAGUUCUGUAACGUUAGCUCAUGUAAGUUUAAUAAAUCUUUUAGAUAAAACAUGAACGGAUCUGCUCAUAGAACAUCAACAGCGUUAGAUAUUCAGCUGAGAAGAGGACCAGCGGGGCUGGGCUUUAAUAUUGUGGGUGGCACUGAUCAGCAGUACGUGAUCAAUGAUGGUGGCAUCUACGUGGCCAAGAUCAAAGAGAAUGGUGCAGCAGCUCUGGAUGGCAGACUGCAGGAGGGUGACAAGAUCCUGGCGAUAAAUGGGUAUAAGCUGGAGAACCUGCCUCACAGUGCUGCAGUGGAUCUGUUCCGGUCAGCAGGAGAGGACGUCCAUCUGCGUGUGCUGCAGAGCUACUGGAUUAAUGAAUAUACCUCCACUCUGGGGAUUGGGGUCUUCCACUCAGGAAUAGAGAUCUAUGGCCGAGAAUUUGCAUAUGGUGGUCAUCCUUACCCCUUUAGUGGCAUCUUUGAGAUCAACCCAGGAAAUGCCUCUGAGCUUGGGGAGACCUUCAAAUUCAAAGAAGCUGUAGCUCUGGGCACGACGGACUUCACAGAAGAGGACAUAGAUAAGAUCAUGGAGGAACUGGGCAAGGAGUUUAAAGGAAAUUCAUAUCACCUAAUGCACAAGAACUGCAACCACUUUUCCUCUGCACUCUCUGAGUUGCUGUGUGGGCGGGAGAUUCCACGCUGGGUAAACCGCUUGGCCUAUUUCAGUUCCUGUAUUCCAUUUUUGCAGAGUUGCUUGCCUAAAGAGUGGCUCACGCCUGCCGCCCUGCAGAGCCAUAUCAGCAUGGGCCUGCACAAAGACGACGUGCACACACACGAGUCCAGCGACGAGGAGCCCUCCGUCGGGGGACCGUCCGGAACGUCGCACAGCUGCCGACACACUCGCGUCUGAGCUUGCCCGCGCAACCCGUGAAUGCGUGCACACAGAGACAAAUUCUGAACCUCUCAUCCUACUAAUGCUUCAGGCCGUGCCGUUCACAGCACACCCUACCAGCUGGGAAGACCACCAGAGCUCAAAACUCUGUCCUUGAGGAUGAAGGUCACGCCCCAUUAACUGAAGCCAACAGGGAUUUAAAAGCCUCCUAUUCCUCCUGCUAAAUAUCCCUAAGCCUUUGUUAUUCCCUUGAAUGGACAACAGUAUUUACCAUUGUGCAUUGUCCUUUUCUUAUGACCCUCCCUCCUUCCAGUUAACGGGGGCACAGGCAUAAAUGACGGACAGCUCAGACUGACCACUGAUGGGUCUCUUUUUUGCAGUGUUGUCCCUCCUUUCUCCAUAGUACUGUAAACUGAUUGGUUCUGACAGGAGUUUGGUUUGCUGUGAACCUUCAAUACUUUUAGACUAAACUGUUGUAGUUGUUUUUAAAAAUGAUUUUUCUAGGCAAAGUCACACCUCAAAAUAGCAGAAUUAGUUGUAUUUGGACACUUUUCUACUUUGUAAAUAUUUUAAAGAUGAGACUACAUACAGGCAGUUACAUUUGCUGUUAAUAGCCAGUUCACAUGACUAUGUGCCAGUAAUGGAGGGGUGAACUUGUAUGGAUUUCCUCUCAGAAUGAUAUUUAAAAUUCUCUUUUGGUUAUGAUAAAUGGUUUUGAUUUUCUAAAGAUGUUUUAAUGUGAUAAUAUGAUUUCAAAUAGCAUCUUUUUAUAUUUAGAAUUAUUACUUUAAUUUGUGUGUAUUUUUCCAUUUCAAUCCAGAGAGCUUGAUUAUGUUGUUAAAUAUAGUGGCAUUAAUUAACAAAGAGCUGUGCUAAUUUUCCUCAUCUAAAGAGAACUGAAGAACUCUUUGACCAUGUGUGAAAAUGAUGAGUGUGACUAAGAGUAUGGUGUAAACACACAAACACACACAACUGGUAUGGAAAUGCAACCAUAUAACUAUGAGCUGAUGACCAAGUGUUCAGCAGGAACAAUGACCUCCUGUUCUCUGGUGAUCCAACACACAAAGGCAGAGAGGCUUAUUGAGUUGGGGCAGGGGUGGAGUGGUGUGGGGCCAGGGUUGGGGUUACAAUGUAUGAAAGUAGAAAAAAGGUGGCAUGUCCCAGAAUGUAAUGCUGAUAUGGUUUUAGCCCAUUACUCAAAGUGGUAUUAUUUAUUUAUUGCUUUGUUAAUUUGUCUUACUUUGGGUAACUGAGGCACAGAAGACUUGUGAAUCCUUAACUUUUGAAUUUGUUUUUCACCCACUGUGCAGUAUUAGAAAGUUGUCUGGCUCAUGCAAUCGCUGAUAUGUUUUAAUGGCAGACCAAGUGCUGUGGUCCUCUCUCCUAUUGAUACAGGAUAUAUAUAAAUCAAGCCCUGCAUUCACUUUCCCUCCAAUCUCUUACAUAUAAAAGAGACUGAUAUGGAUUUAAAGGUGGCUAUAGGUGUUAAACUGCUAAUCACCUGGCCACCAAAGACUUAUGAGCCACUAUUACUGAUUUAUACAUUUGUAUGUCAGUAUAUAUACUUUCUAUUCAUUAAUAAGUAUGCUCACACCUUUGGGUUUCUGUUAUUUUAUUCCUAUUUCAUCCCUUUGGGAAUGCUUUUUGUUUGGAUUGGAUAUUGAUUCUCUAACAUUCUUCUAGUUCAUUUGAGACAUCCUUUUGUAUUACUGUCAGUUUUAACCUUGACUGGUAUUUACUUUUAUGAACCAGAUGAUAAUAUCACAAAAUUUUAUGAAUUCCGAGCAGAAUAAAUGACUGAAAGUAACAUU